AUGAAAUUGACGAUGAAGACACUGCCCGAGUUCCAAAAGGGUAUUUCUCUAAACGAUCUUCCCAAGACUUUCCGAGAUGCCGUGGUUGUGACCAAACAGCUCGGCCUCCAUUAUCUCUGGAUUGAUGCACUCUGCAUUAUUCAAGAUUCGCUCAACGAUACAGACUGGAUACAGGAGGCUUCUUCGAUGGGCGAUGUCUACGCCAACUCCCAUAUCACCAUUGCAGCAACCACGUCUCCGAACUCGGAAGGCGGCCUGCUCCACAAAAGGAGUCCACUAUCUGUGUGGCCCUGUAGGCUCACAGCGACCUGGAAAUGCUUUCAAGCUGGCGAACUGGUCAUCUCUACCCCUGACUGGGCUGAUGAGACAGAUCUCGAACCCCUCGCAAGUCGAUCCUGGGCGUUCCAAGAAUGGCUCUUAUCGAAGCGACUCUUACACUUUGGCAAAGACCAGGUGCGUUGGCAGUGCUUCUGCUUAGCUGCCUCUGAAAUUUACCAUGACGGCGGUAGCGGCGACGGUGGCGGUCUCGACGCAUAUGGGAUCCCAACGAAAGGCAUCAUCGUGCGAUUGGUACAAGAUCCGCGGAGAGCGGCUGAUCUGUGGUUCCAAAUCCGAGAAGAUUAUUCCCAAAAGGAACUUACCAAUGCGACUGACAGACUUCCAGCUCUUACUGGUAUCGCGCGCAUGGUGUACAGGAUUCUCAACUCGCCCGAAGACGACUACCUCGCUGGGAUCUGGAAACCACAUUUGCUUCAAGAGUUGCUAUGGCAGAGAGGGCACCACACCGCCACGUCAACUGGGACAGAUAGUUCGUACAUUGCACCAUCGUGGUCGUGGCCUUGUCUCAAGGCUCCCUUUCUCCGGUAUCAGGCGGGCGGCAACGCCAAAGACGUCGAAUGGCUUGUUCACAUCGUCAAGGCGAAAGUCUAUACGAUUGGAGAUGCUUUUGGCCCCGCCAUCAGCGGCUCACUCAUCGUUCAAUGCUCAUUAAGCUCCAUUACCGCUACUUUGCAUCACGGCGAUCAGUCCACACCCAGACAGGAUCACCACCGAUGGACAAUUGAAGCCAUUAACGGUCUUGCCGUCAGCUAUAAUUGCAACCUAAGCCUCGAUGACCCUGCAACCUCCCACCCAAAUCCCCCACCGCGUACAUUCUUGUUCAUGUCCAUCCGGGUAGGCUUCGGGCACAACCCCGAUCAGAACACCAUAGCUGGGCUGCUCCUCCAACAGACGGGUCACUGCCGUGGACAGUACCGUCGGAUAGGACUGCUAAACAUCUUCGGCGGCAGACAACAACCAGCCUUGCUGUCCAGCUUGAGGCAGGGAGCCGCUCCAAGCGAGACCUGUUACCUUGAAACCGAAUCCCGCGCUGAUCGGAUUAUCGAGAUUGUGUGA